UUGGCGGCUCCCCCGGGGCGGGCAGCUCCCCCAGCCAGCGCCUGGGCAUUGGGCUGUGUCCCAGCGCAGAUGGGCACAGCCGGCCUCCCGCAUUAGUUCUACCAAGCCUCCCCUGCCCUGGGUCCUGCCCCGUCUGGUUCUUGCUCCAGAGAUGCCACUGCCUCCUUCCCCUGUGCCAACACCCAUGUGAGCCCCAGCACAGGAUUAUAUCUCCAGCCCCUGCCUGCCCUUCCCUGCCCUGCUGCUGGGUGGUGCCACCAGACCCCCGCUUCCCUAAGCCCUUGCUUUUCCCUGCUUGGCUCGCAGGUAUCUCCAGGAGUACGCGGCGCUGGGCACGGGUGGUGGCAUCUAUCACUUCCGAGACCAGAUCCUGUCGGGUGGUGCUGAGGCCUUCUUUGUCCUCAACGCAGACGUGUGCUCAGAGUUCCCCUUGCAGGAGAUGCUGGAGUUCCGGCAGCAGCACGGGGAUGCGCACAGCUUUGUCAUUCUGGGUACCACAGCCAACAGGACGCAGGCGCUGAAUUACGGCUGCAUCGUGGCGAAUGCGGACACUCAGGAGGUCCAGCACUACGUGGAGAAGCCCAGCACGUUUGUCAGUGAGAUCAUCAACUGUGGCAUCUACCUGUUCACACCUGCCAUCUUCCAGCACAUCGGUGAGGUCUUCCAGAGGAACCAGCAGGAGCUAGUGCUAGAGGAGAGCUCCAAUGGCUGGCAGCGUGCAGAAGUGAUCCGGCUAGAGCAGGACGUUUUCACGGCGCUGGCUGGGAGUGGCAAACUCUAUGUCUACAAAACCGAUGGCUUCUGGAGCCAGAUCAAAUCGGCAGGCUCUGCUAUCUAUGCCAGCCGCCUUUACCUGAACCAGUACAGCAAAAGCCACCCUGAGAGGCUGGCCCAGAACAAACCUGGCGGUCCUGUCAUCCGAGGGAACGUGUACAUCCACCCGACAGCCUCCAUCGACAGCACCGCAGUGCUGGGCCCCAACGUCUCCAUUGGGGAGGGGGUGACGGUGGGAGCUGGUGUGCGCGUGCGAGAGUCCAUUGUCCUGCACGGUGCCUCACUCCAUGACCACACCUGUGUCCUUAAUACCAUCGUGGGCUGGGACAGCACCAUCGGGCGCUGGGCCCGGGUUGAAGGAACACCCAGUGACCCCAACCCCAACGAUCCCUAUGCCAAGAUUGACAGUGAGACCCUCUUCCGGGACGGGCGCCUCACGCCAUCCAUCACAAUCCUGGGCUGCAGCGUCACUAUCCCCGCUGAGGUGGUUAUUCUCAACUCCAUCGUCCUCCCUCACAAGGAACUGAGCCGCAGCUACAAGAACCAGAUUAUCCUGUGAGUCAGCUGCUCGCUGGCUCGGGGGGGCAGUGCCAGCUCCCCACUCCCUGCUGUGCCCCACAGCAAGAGCCUGUGCCAGGGCUUUACCUCCUGGACGGUUCCCAGCACCCCCAGAGGGGUCGGUGCAGGCCAGGAGUCCUGCAAGUGCCUGACUCCUACUGCAGACAGACAUUAAAGCUGGUGAGCAUCAGCCGUGCGUGCUGCUUCUCUUGCAGCCCAGGGACCAGCCCUGGGGCAGGGUGAAGGCUUUGGGGACAGCACGCGGCCCUGGCACCAGGCUGCGUGCCUGUGCAGAGCGCCCUGGGCUGAGGCUGUUGAGGGAGCACUUGCUGCCUACAGCGUCUCAGGUCCUGAGUUUCAGGUGUUUCUCCACCAAGCGGCACUACCAGCACAGUCUUGCCACCCCUCACUGGGCUCUCCCUGCUCUGCAAAAGUUGCUGUCUGCAACUCCCUGGAAAGCCUUGGCCUGUCUCAGAGGCUGGGGAGCUUUGAAUGUGUGCGUUCUGCAUAUGCAGGAGGCAGUUGUGAGGAUCCUUAUUUCAGCAACGUGAUUGCAACUCCCUGAGCUGGGCUCCUGCCUACUGCUGGGAAAACAGCAGCACCAGGCCAGCCUAGGGGCACUGGCACAUGGGGGCUGGGUUGGACAGGCAGGCUGCUGGCCCUGGAGGGAGCUGCGAAAGCAAUCCUUCCCCCAGCACCACCUCUGCCCGCAAGGGCCCGGUGGGAGCCAGGAGAGCUGCCAGCCCUGCCGAGCUGGCUC